AUGAACACCGUGCCCCACAGUAUUCAUUCUCCCUGGCUUAAGCACAAAACUCAAGCUACAAAGACCCAGAACCCAGGUACCGAACAGGCCAGAGACCCAGCCAACCGCAAUCUCCAGAAAAAUACCGGAAAUCUAGCCAACCAGACCAGACCAGCCAACAGGACCACCGUGGCCCAAAAACGGCCUAGAAUCAAGGACUCUGGAAGCCCUACUCACCUGAGAGGAAGUCAACAAGAACCCUACGAACAAAAAGUUCAAGCCAACCCUACAGCAGUGCAAGCACCACCCUCGAAUGUAUAUAAACGGCAAAUACCAGAGGCAAACAGGAUUGAAAACCAGUCUACCAAGACUCAGAACCAAGCUAACAGGCGGAGCAUGGUGUCAAUCCCAGAGGGAAACGAUAAUCCAGUCCUUUGA